AAAAAUAAUGGAAGUCAAAUAUCGCCCACCACUUAAUGAUGUGUAAAAUAAAUAUUGUAAGAUGUUAGUAAUGAAUGCAAUUGGUUAGAAAAAAACUUUGUUUCAUGUUUAAAAGAGAAGAGUGUGAAAGAUGACCUUCCAAAAAGAGUUUGCAAAGUUGAGAAUGUAAUAAUAAAUGAUAAUAAAAAAAGAUUCUUUGGUUCUUUUUAGAAUGUCCUGAAAGAUCUGGACCUUAUGAGGAUGCAGAUUAAUUAAGAAAAAUUUAUAUAAAGUAAAAACUAACAGAUUUGAAUCCAACAAUACCAGAGCCAAGAAAAAGAAAAUGAGAGAUUGGAAUUUCAUAAUAUUAAUAAAAUAAUAAUAAAAAUAAUAAUGAAG